AUGAUGGCCAACUCCACCCUGGUGACUGAGUUCAUCCUUCAAGUUUUUGCUAAGACUUGGGAGCUCAGGAUCCUACUUAGUAUAUUGUUCCUGCUGGUGUACCUGGGAAGCCUGUUGGGGAAUCUUAUCAUCAUCAUAGCUACUACAGUUGACCAUACCCUGAACACGCCCAUGUAUUUCUUCCUCAGGAAUCUUUCCAUUUUAGACAUGGGGUAUGUAUCUGUUACUGUGCCCAAUGCUUGUAUCAACUCUCUCACUGGUCACAGGAACAUUUCUGUGGCUGGAUGUGCAGCACAGAUCUUUUUGUUCCUCUUUUGUGCAUGUGUAGAGAUUCAGUUUCUCACCAUCAUGGCUCAGGACCGCUAUGUAGCCAUCUGCAAGCCUCUCCUCUACCCUAUGAUUAUGAACCAUCAAUUCUGUGUUCGAAUGACACUGGCUUCCCUACUUAGCUCUAUUGUCCUUGCAAGUGUGCACACUUUCAAAACAUUCCAGCUCUCCUUUUGUCACUCUAAUGUAGUCCCUCAGUUCUUCUGUGAUAUGCCUUCUUUGCUGAGGCUUUCUUGCUCUGACACCUUUAACAACAAGCUCUUACUUCUUCUGACUGCCAUUGGGCUCAGUGGUAGCUGCUUUAUCUUCAUUGCGAUAUCAUAUGUUUGCAUAUUAUCAACUGUGUUGAAGGUUCCUGUCAAAGGAGAGCGAGGGAAAGCCUUUUCCACCUGUGUCCCUCACAUUAUUGUAGUGUCUGUGUUUUUUAGUUCUGCUGCCUAUGUAUAUCUAAGACCUCCAGUAGUAACAUUAGAAGUAGUUCAGGAGAUGACACUUUCUGUGUUUUAUACUGUUGUUCCACCAUUCUUAAAUCCUAUCAUCUAUAGUCUUAGAAACAAACAGAUAAUGGAGGCUGUGAAGAAAGUAAUAUUAAGAAUUACUUUCAUAUUUGAAUAUAAAAGGAAGUUCUUGUCAGAGUUUUCGAAAGAAAGAGAACUGACAAAAUAA